UCAGUUUGGCUGGCUGCAGACGUGAAGAUGGUGCAGGUUUUGUGCAGCGUCCUGAGGCGGAAAAGCGUCUGUGAAGUGCUGCUCCAUUUCUCCCUCUGCCCUAGGGGGGCUUUCGGGCUAGCACGUUUCCCCUUCAGUCUGUCAGCUGGAGCUGGUUCCCGGCCCUAGGUCACCAUGCUACCUACGAAGGUGGAAUUCGAGAAGCAGGAUCUGGAGACGACCAACGCCCGGAGCCGCCUUGAUGCUGUGCUGCAGUGUCUGCUGGAGAAAAGCGAUGUGGACCGGGAGCAGCUGGAUGAGGACGCCGGGAAGACAUCCAGCGACCCGCUCAGCAAGGACUCCUCCCCCUCCACGGCUGGGAAGAGGCCCUCAGCACGGUUCUCCCAUCACCGGCGCAAGAAGAGGAAAGAGACAGAUGAUGGAUUGACUGAGAGUGGCCAGCAGAGACAGAACACCUACAUCAUCAAGCUGUUUGACCGGAGUGUGGACCUGGCGCAGUUUGCAGAGAGCACCCCACUGUACCCCAUCUGCCGGGCCUGGAUGAGGAACAGUCCCACCGUACGCGAGAGGGAGCGCUCGCCCAGCCCCCCGCUGCCCGCCCUGCCUGAGGAUGAGGAGGGGGCUGAGGGGCUGAACGGGAAGAGCCAGAAUGUGUACAAGCUGCCCCCGCCGUGUGCUGGCCUGGAGAAUGCAGGCGGGGAGUCUGUGAGCACCAGGAUACCCUCCCCACUGCCGCCUGAGGAUGGGGAGUCGCUCCCUGACACGACCCCUGAUGCACGGCCCUCGAUGUCUUCUCUCAUCUAUAAGAACAUGGAGCGCUGGAAGAAGAUCCGCCAGCGGUGGAAGGAGGCAUCACACCGGAACCAGCUGCGCUACACUGAGAGCAUGAAGAUCCUCAAGGAGAUGUACGAGCGGCAGUGAUGGACCCCACACCCUGCCCAGGCCCCCCUCUGGGGGUGGGGCUGUGCUGAGGCCCAGCCACUGGGAGUGGAGCCACUUGGGUGCCCCGCCUCCGGGGGGGGGGCACUCCUAGUAGAAAGUAGCCUCAUACCCUGGGCUUGGUGCUGGGGAGAGUGGUCUAGCUCGGGGCUACCCCUCACACCCCCCCUUCUGUCCCCUGGCUGGGCUCUGUGUGGGGUAGGGCUGUCCCCUAGUGGAGGGCAGCGGCUAGUGCAUGUAAGGGGACCUAGUCUCCCAUCCCACCAUCUCUCUUCUCCCUCCCCCCUCCCCCUUCCAACAUAGCCAAUAAAUGGAGUCCCUGGC